AGUGACUGGCCGGAAGGAUACCACCUUGCUUCUGCCAUGAAUUUCCGUUUCCCGCAAUGCGUCCCUAUAAGCCUAAAAACUCUCAUCCCAAAUGCAAGCAAUGAAGCAAUACAGCUUAUGAGUGAUAUGCUGAACUGGAAUCCAAAGAAGAGACCUACAGCAAGUCAGGCUUUGAAGUACCCUUACUUUCAAGUUGGACAAGUUUUAGGACCUCCUCCACAGUAUCUGGAGAAGCAGACUCCUAUUAAAGCAGUUCAGCCAACAGAGCCAAAGCCAAUUUUACCUAAACUGGAACCUAUAUCCAAGCCAGAACCUCUGUCUUCACUGGAUGUACCUGACAAAACACAGCCGCAGCCCCUGUCAAAGGUUAACCACCAGCCUCUCCAGCAAAUUCAGUUGCCUCAGAACACUGCUAACCAGCAAGUACCAAAACAGCAGCAGCCACAGGCACAACCAUUUUUACCAACUAUCAAUAAAAACUCAUUGCCAAAACAAGCAAGUAGCGGCCCUCAGAAUGGUGCAGUAGGUCCUAAAAGCUGCAGAAGACGAUGGGGUCAGACUUUGGUAAAGGCUGUGGAUAGCUGGGACGACUUGGAUGACACAGAAUUUGGAAUGUCAUGUUCAAAGAAACCUAGCAUUGCACUGUUAAAAGAAAAGAAAAACAAGGAAAGUCUUUUUAGUGUGCCAGAACCAAAAGCUUCAUUCAGUAUCCAGCCAGGAGGGGAAAAUAAGGUUCUGAUGGCAAAUGAUUCUGGAAGGUUAAAUACAUCAGCAAAACAGUACUAUUUAAGACAAUCAAGAUAUCUACCUGGUGUAAACCCUAAGAGUGUCUCCUUAGCAGCAGUCAGUAAAGAAGGAUUACACGGAACCUGGAACAACCAGUUGUACUCUAAACCACCAGCACAUGCUGGAGGAGGAAUGACUUUCAACAGAAAUACUACAGAUGAGAACUUAAUUAUACCUAUUGAAAAGCUAUCAUGCAAAGAAAGUUUGAAUGAAAAAUUAGAGGAUCUGAAAGGAAAUCCUGGCUUUGUAAGUGGUGCUGCUUACAACCCAUCAGGAGUAUGUAACUCUUCCUUUCAUAAAAAAGAAGUUGGAUCAGCAGGACAACGGAUACAGCUAGCUCCUCUUGGUGCACCUGUAUCAGAUUAUUCAUGGAAAACCAAAGCUGCUCGUGCUCAGUUACCAGGUCCUACUUUCAAUUCAGCAGCCAAAAACUUGAGUAUCUUAACUCGCCCACCAAUUCAGCCAGUACAUGGAAGAACAGACUGGAUGGCCAAAUAUGGAGGAAACAGAUAG